AUGGCCAUUCACUACGUCAUCACUCCAGAACUCAUCCAGAAAGCAUUCAAAAAAACUGGUAUCUAUCCUCUCAAUCCAUUGGUCUUCACAGACAAAGACUUCACACCAAGCUUGAUUCAUUCAACCACUGCACAUCUUCCACCAUUGUAUCCUGCCAAAGUCUCCUCUCCAAUGCCAGUGGCAACUGAUGAAGUCGACGAGUUGAUGAGGCUGGACAGCAGCUAUGAAAACAAGGACUUGGAGAAUGAUAAUGAUUUUUUCCCUAUGCCAGUUGAUGAACAUGACUCAGAGUCAGAGUCAGAAUCAGAGGAAGAGGAAGAUGACAACACCUGCACCACUUGCUUGACACCACAACUACCAGGCCCCAUCCCACAUCCAGCUAAAAAGAAGUCCAAAGAUGAAGUGCGUCAUGCUCAGAUUGAACAUGACAUUAAGUCAAAGACAUUUGAUGCAUUCUCGAUGCUUCGGUGCAAGGAUGAUUUUAUUGCACUUGCUGGUGCUCUCAAGAUUUUGAGAGAUGGGACAGUUGAGGAACUCAGGACAGGAAAAACACGUUCAAAGAAUCUGGCUGCUCCAUCAUCAAUGGGACAGGCCAAUAGCGGCACCUUGCAGGAUAAUGCAGACAAUGGCACUACUUUGUCAAAUCCUGUGACUUCUGGCAAUCAUUUUUUCAACUCUCCUGUGCUGCAUUCAAGUUAUCCUCUGCACCUUACAUCUAACCAACCAACAAUGUGUUGGGUCCUGCAGAACCUAGCUGCUAUUCGACCCUAA